AUGUCUCCUCCAGAAGAAAUCCACCACAGCUAUCAAUACACGCCACUGAAGCAUCCCGAAGACAUCCGGCUCCUGCACAUCGACCGCUCGCGGAACCCAACCACUCCGCUCAGGUGCUAUCUCGAGACUGUCUCGCUAGAAGCGCAUCCAUAUUACACGACGCUAUCGUACGCCUGGGGGCCAACUUACGCAAACGAAUCGCAUUUCACGCAUACCAUCUGGAUCGAUGGCCUUCUCGUCCCCGUGACAGAGAGCCUUCGUGGAGCGCUAGUGGCAGUAAGACGGCACUUCAACGCGGGUCAAACACCUCUUCCCAUCUGGGCGGACGCUGUUUGCAUUGACCAAUCCAGCAACAGCGAGCGUACCGCUCAGGGCGCCGAGGUAACAUGUGCCCACCACGAUGAGGACGAGGACCCACAUGCUCCUCUUCUUGGACGGCCUCUUGGUGACACUUUGACCAGUGAAGUUGACAUACCCAUUAAACACCCAAGGGUUAGAGACGUCUGUGGCAUUGAUCUGCCUACGCACAACGCUACGACAAGAGAUCUCGAGACCUACCAGCUACGCUCUUCCGUGUUCGCGAGAAUUGAUCUUGAAGCCAUUGCGGAGCGGCUACUCGCUUCGAUGGGCACGAAACUUGGUGUAAAAUUCCCACCAGGCGCAGAUCCGAAGGACAUUCAUUUGCAAACACAGAAGAAAACAUAUCAACGAGACAUCUGGAUCGUAUGA